AAAGAGGCAAACGUUCCCUCUGCUUGAACUUUGUAUACACAUCGCCCUGCCGAAGUUAUUUAUACAACAGUCGUGGAGACGGAAUCACCUGUCGAUUUGCCGUUAUUAAUAUAGUUUGAAUCAGACUGAUUGGGGUCCACAACGCACCUGUGUCCAUGGGGGAAGUAGUUCCAUGCUAUAACGAAGACCUUUCGCUUUCUGGGGAAGAAGCACCGAAAAAGAAAGUGGUCAUUGAUCGUGUACAUUUCACUGUUACCGUAUUGAGAAGUUUGUUGUGUUGAAUAUGCGAUGUCAGCAUUUAUCCAUAAUCAAGUCACCAGCGGCGUCAAUGGUGUAAGGCGAUCACGUGACCUGUGACGUCAUGCGCAACACAGCUACCCCUUCAAAAUCCAGAGAUAACAGGUUUUUUAUAUGGCAGUCCAUUAACCCACCUAUACGAAACUUCUUUGAAGACGAACUACAGUGUCAGCAGAUAUUACGGUUUAAUACGUAAUACCAACGAUUGUGAUGUCUUCCUUACGAACCAGCAAAAGCUCAGAAGAUCGGUCGUCAGAUAGUAACCAAGAGCUAGCCGAGAACACGGACCCAAGCAGCCGCAAUCCGGAUACAACGGAGCCGAGUGAAAAGGCUUCAGGAUCCAAGAUGCUUAGUGAGCGACCAUUGAAAAGAGCGGGUAAACGCCCAGGCCGUAAACCAUCAAGAAUAGAUGUCAAAGCUAAACUUGAACGGAGCCGACAAAGUGCAAGGGAAUGCAGAGCACGGAAAAAGCUUCGUUAUCAGUACUUGGAGGAGUUAGUGCUAAACAGGGAACAGGCUAUAUUUGCUCUCAGAGAUGAGCUGGAGGUGUUUAAACAAUGGUGCAUACAAGUCGAUAAAGGGGUUGUAACAGACAAACUUCUCAACACAAUACAUCAGGACUCUUCACAAGGGAAAAAGGGUCAAGGUCAAGCAUCAACUAGCAGCCAUCUUGGAUCAAGUCGGACAAGUACAGUUACAUCAGGAACACAGGGAUAUCUUGAAUCGAGUUCUGGAUCGCAUACUCCUGAUAUGACAGACUAUAGAACCCCGAGUGGGUCAAGAUCAUUUGAGCCCCAGGCUCUGCCUAGUAGUUCUGGAAGACACUUUCCAGGGUCACAUCUAGCUUCACAGCUCCAUGGCUCAGGCGCUCAGGUUCACGACACAAGCUUGUUUCCCAACGCCAUGCCUCACUCAAGCACAAGCAUGGGCCAGAUGCCAAGGUCAAAUACACACAUACCAGGGCUAGUUGAAGGACAUUAUACCAGUGCUCACUUUGGUGCAAGUGUGUCUGGGUCUAUGUACCCAUCCCAGUGUGACUAUCCUGGACAUUCUGUGGGUAAUGUGAGCAACUACCCUACCCCGGGGACAGUUUCACAGAACUACAUAAACCUCAAUAAUAUGAACAUUCCAAACACAUGUGUUGGAUCACCUGACACCAUGACAACACUCACUUCUUCAGCACAAUCAUCCCUCCAUCCCAACUACAACAUCGGUCCAUCAUACAAUCCCCAAGCGUCUACAUCACAAGAUACAGCCAGCAUGGCCCAGGAAAACUCGUGGCUGUCUCUGCUGGUGGAUUUCGAGCCUGGUUUGUCCCGCCAAGGUGCAGAGUCGGCCUGUGGAACUCCCCAGUCUGUAGAUGGUGUCCGGCCUCUUCCAACUGUGGUACAGGACUUCCUCGACUCCUCAGACUCGGGCUCGGACACUUGACAAUAGGUGACUUCUUCUAGGGGUUGACCCUGGGAGGAGUCACUGUUGAUGAGAGACUUAUGAAAUAGGUUUUCAGCAUGAGAUACCUCUAAAACACUGUGCUUUAUCUAUGGUUUAUUCCGGAUUAAUCGUUUUUGGCACAAAUGCAUGUCCAGCAAUGAAAACAAAAUGUGUAUGCUUGACAGGUGCUAUACUAGGGAAUAUAUAAGUAUACAGACCAAUUAAUAAAACAAAUUCACUUUUCAAAACAGUUGUAUGGUCCAUAUAUAUAAUUUUGUGCCUCAAGAAGUGAAUAUAGUGCUAAUCAUUUCACCCUUGUAGAAAUAGCAUUCGUGGGGACAGUCAACAUGCUCUAUAUUUUGAGUACAAUGUAUUACUGUUUCUUGAUUGUACAGGUCUGGCAAAUUAGGUUUGAUUGUUCUGCUAUAUAUUUGCAUCUGUAUUGAAUUAUCCAAUGAUACAGUAAAAAGUUUAUUUUCUUUCGUUCAUAGAAUUUCCAGUAGGGUAUGCUGUACCAUUGUUAAAAAGAACAAAUAUUUAAUUGUGUUGAUUUGAUUUUUGUUUGUUUGAAUUUGUUUCUCUAUUGACAAAAGUUGUUGAUGGUUAACAGGUAUAAGUGGAAAUUGGAAAGUAUUUUUUCACAUGGAUGUGACACAGGGCAGUUUCUAAACUCACAUUCAAACAGUGGACUCAUGCAAUAUUUUAAAUGGCAUAUUUAUAAAUUUUUGUACUGUUGACGCGAAGAAUGGCAUACAUUAUUUGUUUUGUAUACGUUGUUGUUAUUAUUUGAUGUAUUUACUGUAGUGCGGUAUGAUGUAUUGGAAUGUCUCAGAUAAGAAUUCAAUGGUGAUGUGGCUCAUGCCACCAUCAAGAAUGUUUAUUUUGUGAAUUUGGAAUAAAGAGUGCGUAGGAUUAGGAAUUUGGUAUAAGUAUCUGUUUUGGAUUUUUCUUAUCAAUGAAGGUAUUCCCUUUUGAAAACAACAUGAAAUAAUCAUUAUAAUUCUUUUUUAACUUUUUACAAAAUUGGCGAGAGAUUUAUGUUUAUGUUGCUUGAACAAACCCACCGUUAUAUUACAUGACAAACCAUUCCCUGCAAGCUACAAGAAGUGGCAAGUGACACUUUGCAUACAUCAAAAGUAGCUAUGGUUUUAUGCUGUUUAACCAAUAUACCAAACUGUAGCCAUGCCAGGAAGGGCAGUAUUAAAGGGCUUUGGCAUUAUGAGUGCUUGUGCUUUUUUAACAUCAAGUGGGCAGUGUGAUUUAUUUACCGGAGCCAAAGUUGAGAUAUAGUUCAUCUUUUGAAAAUGCAAAAAAAAUGUUAAAAAGUCAUUCCUUGUGAGUUGCUAUACACACCUACAAUGUACAGUGUUACAUCAUAUUUCGAAAGUGCAUCUAGUAUUUGCUUCAGGUAUUGCUAAGGAAAUAGUACCACUGUUAUCCAAAACAUUGCCUGGGUUGAAAAAUGUACAUCCAAUAAAAUGAAAAAGGCAAAGACUUUAUUGAAAUACAUAUAUCAAGACACCUGAGAUUGUUAUUCAGAUAGUACACAUUAUAACAUUAUCAUUCAUAAAAGACGUUUUCUGAUCUUGAUGAUGUUUAUUCUUUUUAUUGUCAAGUCUGAUUUUAAUAUCAGUGUAUUUUGAUUUCAUAUCAUAUAAGUUAAAGUAUUUAACAUGUUUAAGUUCAUUAAAAACAAGAAAUGUCUGAUGUAUAUGUGUGUUUCUUUUUACAUAUUUUAAGGUGAAUAGUGAUGUUCAUUUUCACGUCAACUAUUUACUCUUCCAUUUGACAUCACCAACAGCUGAAGUGCCUGCUUCAUUUAUGCAAACCCUAGUGCAUGAACAUGAUCAUACACUACUGCUUCUAAAACCAAAGGAACCAAUAUUUUUAAAAUGAUAUUAUUUUAUAAAACCCUCAACAUUGAUAAAUACACAUACAACCUUAUUUUUUACAUUUCAUAUUUCUUUUGAAAUAUGCCCAUUAUUUCAAUCUAUAAAUUUGUAAUACGGCCAAAAAAUGUCUUUGUUGUAAUAUGCUUUUUCAUUUGUUAAGUACAUUUUUUACAUUUGAGUGUAUAUUUACCCGUAAGUAGUUCCAUGGUAGUUAUUGGUGUUGAUUGUAUGUUGUUGCCAUGGUUACAUCGAAAGGAAAGAAAUAAUUGGAUUAAGUUUGAAUAAAAUUACAAUCAGAAAAAAGAAUGUUAUUACUACACAUUGUUGCUCAUCCUUUUUAGCAUUGUGUUGUCUGGAAUUUAUAUACUGAAUAAACUCAGUGUUUACUGAGUGUUAAGUAAUAUUAUCACAGUCAUAUGGAAACUGUAUGUCUGAGUAGAGAGCGUUGUUAUUAGUAAUUUCAGUUGACCACAUAUGGUCUGCAAGGCAGCUACCACAGGGUGUAUGCAUUAUGUUUUUCCCCCUUCUUUCUGAAUGACUAUGAUUGAUAGCUUUGUACUCGCUGCUAAAACUUGGCCCCACUGUACUGAUGUUACUCUUGACCAUGCUAACAUUUUAUUUGUUCAGCAGUGGUGUAAAAUUCAGAUCUGAAAUUGUAUUUUUUUUUUAAGGAAUGUUAUUCUUAUUUAUGAAAAGUUUCCGUAUAUAUCCCAUAUUAAUAUCAGUGGGCAUGACACUGUUUAUAUACAUAUGCAAUUACAGCUAUUCCUAUAUUUCUUGUUUUGAUGGGUUAUUAUGGUUAUUGUUUUGUAUCUCUUUGGGUUUCUGAAGCUCAUUCAUUUUGGUCCUUGUGGAUUUAGCUUACUCAGUGAAGGGUAUUGGUAGCUGCUAUGCAGGAGAAUGUCUUGCAUUCAGACAGAAUUGAGUUUCCCCCAUUUUUUUAUAAUUUUUUGUUGUAUUUCUAGCUUGUAUUUGAAAACUAUACUCUCCUUGUGUCAUAUACAUAACAUUAAAACAUUAUGUAUCAUAAGUAAAUAAAUGUAAGAAAGUCUUUUCUGACAUAAUCCUAUGUUACCAUGGUUACAGGUAUUAUUGUCAAACUGUUUUCCUAGUCAAGUGCUUCUAGAUGAUGCAUGUUAAAUAUUUUGUCUGUGUGUAAUACUAUGUCAAUCUGUCCUGGAAUUUAUAGGAUUAAGAUGUUUUAUCAUAUGUUACGAUAAUACCAAGUAUAUGUUCAGUUUUAUUUACAAAUAUGAUAAUAUCAGGACCUUUCUGUUUAGUAUAUUUGGUGUAUGUGUCUGACAUGGAUAAAAUGUUUAUUUAACAGCACUUCAACAUGUUUAUUGUCAACAUAUUCAAUAAAAGAUGAUGUUACAAUAUUAAUGUCAAUAAGAAAGUACUAUAGUAAUGUUCCAUCCUUCAUAAGGAAGCCAUCAGGAAGGUUUAACAUUAUAAACAAUAUAUUUUCUCA